GCGGCGUGCUGUGGGCACAACAAGCCCGGCGCCGCGGUCUCUCGCUCAUCUGCGCCACCGCCGCCCCUCACAUCCCGCCCCGCGCGGUCCGCCCCACCGGCACCGCACCUUAAGUCAACCGAGACGACCUGACCGGCCGAGCGACGACGGGCUGCGGCCGACCGAAAGAGGGACGCUUCGCCCUCGACCGUCGCACGAGCUUGACCGAGGGACGCCUCUCCUUUGCCCCCUCCCGGACUCACAUCCGACACUUGACGCCGGCGUGCGCCAACACUCCCGACCCGGGCACCAUGGCGGAGAGAAGUGGCCGGCUCAGCUUCCCCGGCAGCGGGGCUCUCAACAGACCCGUGCCGAUGAAUUUGUUCGCGACGUGGGAGAUCGACGGCUCUUCGCCGAACUGCAUACCGAGGCUUUGCAGCCUGACGCUGAAAAAGCUGGUGGUGCUCCGAGAACUCGACAAGGAGCUCAUCUCCGUGGUCAUCGCCGUCAAAAUUCAAGGCUCCAAGCGCAUCCUGAGGUCCCACGAGAUCAUGCUGCCCCCCAGUGGGUCCGUGGAGACGGACCUGGCCCUCACCUUCUCACUGCAGUACCCUCACUUCCUGAAACGGGAGGGCAAUAAGCUCCAGAUCCUGCUGCAGAGACGCAAGCGCUACAAGAACCGAACCAUCCUCGGGUACAAGACGCUGGCUGCGGGCUCCAUCGACAUGGCAGAGGUGAUGCAGCACCCGACGGAGGGAGGCCAGGUGCUCCCUCUGUGCAGCCAUCAGAAGGACCUGCUGGGGAAGGUGGCCGAGAUCUGGAUCUUCUCGCUCUCCAGUCAGCCCAUUGACCACGAGGACGGCAGCCUGCAGGCCGGACACAAGAUCAAAUGCUCGGACAACUACUCGGAGGAGGAGUACGAGAGCUUCUCCUCGGAGCAGGAGGCCAGCGACGACGCGGCACAGGCUCAGGAUCUGGAAGACGAUGAGUACGACGUGCGAAAGCCAAAGAAGCAGAGAAGGUCCAUCGUCAGGACGGCAUCCAUUACAAGACAGCAAAACUUCAAGCAGAGAGUCGUGGCCCUCCUCAAGCGGUUCAGAGUCUCCGACGAGGUCCUGGACUCGGAGCAGGAUCCGGCCGAGGUUCCUCCGGAGGUGGAGGAGGAAGAUCUGGACCUGGAUAGCGUGGAGUUCGACAAUCCCAGCGACAGCGGACCGGAGCUGGACGACGACGACAGCGUCCUCAGCACACCCAAACCCAAACUCAAGCCAUAUUUCGAGGGUCUUUCCCUUUCCAGCUCGCAGACGGAAAUCGGAAGCAUCCACAGCAGCCGCAGCCACCGCGAGCCCCCCAGCCCGAUCGCGCCCGAGAAAAACGAGCGCGUUGGCGAGGACAACGUGUCUGAAAACACCUCUUAUGAGCAUCCCGAGGCGGUGACGCCGACCACGGAGCUGGAGAUGGACAACAUGGACACGUUCCUGGACAGACUGCCCCCUAGUGGCAAGAUGACCAAGACGGAGUCGCUCAUCAUUUCGUCCAACAGGCAGGAGCCCAAGUUGGCGGGCAGGCGGGGUCGCAGCACGUCGCUGAAGGAACGCCAGCCCAGCAGGCCUCAGAACGAGAGAGCCAACAGUUUAGACAACGAGCGGGCGCUGGACACUCGCAGCCACCUGCAGAUCCCGAGGAAGACGGUGUACGACCAGCUCAACCACAUCCUGGUGUCGGACAACCGGCUUCCCGACAGCAUCAUCCUCAUCAACACGUCCGACUGGCAGGGGCAGUACCUGUCGGACGUGCUCCAGAACCACCACCUGCCCGUGGUGUGCACGUGCACCGCGGCGGACAUCCAGGCGGCGUUCAACACCAUCGUGUCCCGCAUACAGAGAUUCUGCAACUGCAACUCGCAGACGCCCGUCCCCAUCAAGAUCGCGGUGGCCGGCGCGCAGCACUACCUCAGCGCCGUGCUCCGCCUCUUCGUGGACCACCUGACCCACAAGACGCCCGACUGGCUGGGAUACAUGCGCUUCCUUGUCAUCCCGCUGGGUGUGCACCCCGUGUCCAAGUAUCUGGGCACCGUGGACUACAGAUACAACGCUUUGUUCCAGGACGCCGCCUGGAAGGACCUUUUUCUCAAACCCGAGGCGCCUGUAGUCGUCCAGGAAGGUCCGGACGUGGCGUCCAGGGUGACGCAGUACAUGCUGGGCGCAAACGGAGCGCACCAGCUUCCCAUCGCCGAGGCCAUGCUCACGUACAAACAAAAGAGGAAAAAGAGCUUUCAUUUUGAUUUUGCCAUCAGCCCCGACGAGGACUCGUGUCAGAAGUUCAUCCCUUUCGUCGGCAUGGUUAAAGUGGGAAUCGUGGAGCAAACCUCAGCAACCGCGGGCGACUCGGACGACGCGGCGCCCCCCGGCUCUUCGCUUCUGCUCGCCGCGCCGCCUCAGGCGUCGCCGGCGCUCAAAGAGGCGUCGCCCACGCCCCCCUCCUCGCCGUCCGUCAACACGAGUUUCUGCGUGUACACUUCCGGGGGGCAGGCGGAGCUGAUGGGGCUCCAGGUGGACUACUGGGCGGCCGACCGGAAGAAGGACCUGGAGAAACGGGACUCGUCCUCGUCGUCCGCCGCCAAGAAUACGCUCAAGUGCAAUUUCCGCUCGCUGCAGGUCAGCCGGCUGCCCGCCGGGGGCGCCGAGCCCGGUACCCUGCCCGCCAUGUCCAUGACGGUGGUGACCAAGGAGAAGAACAAGAAGGUGAUGUUCUUGCCAAAGAAGAGCAAAGACAAGGAGGUGGAGCCCAAGAGUCAAGUGAUCGAGGGCAUCAGUCGCCUCAUCUGCACUGCCAAGCACCAGCACACCAUGUUGACAGUGUCGAUCGACGGCGUAGAGUGGAACGACGUCAAGUUUUUCCAGCUGGCGGCGCAGUGGUCGUCGCACGUCAAACAUUUCCCCAUCGCCAUCUUCGGCCACGCCAAAGGCCCCUCCUACUAAGAAGCUCCGCCCACCUCUCCCUCCCUCUCGUGCCAACCCGUUGAACCGACUUUAUUUACGUCAUCUGUGUCGUAUUUUUAUGUUACACCCCCUCCACCCCUCAUCUGUUCCAUUAUUGUUCUUUUUAGACACUUAAUUGUAAAGCUAAAUGCUAAUCUCGCGUCCAAAAUGGACGCCGUUGUACUAAAAGCACACCGCGCACACAAAAAAGCAGGAUUGGGAGGAUAUAUAUUUAAAAAAAAAGGGUUUGAAAAGGAUACAUUUUGAACGUAUUUUUAAGCCGGGAAAUGUUGGAUGACAAGUGCAACAGCAGAUAUCACAAGAAGGGGACAUAUUACGAAAAUGUGACUUUUUAACGGCUUGUGUAAAAAUACCGUAGCGGGGAAUCGGGAUUGUGGAGUGACUGCCCGCCCACAAAAUGUGAAAAUUCAAACAAACAGCUAAAUCUUAAGUUAUCAGGCAAUUUUUAAAAAUAAGUCUGUGACAAUGCCAUUCAGUUUUUUUUUUUUUUUAAUCUUCCACGCUGAUGUCAAAAUUGGGGUAAUUUACAUAAAUUAUUCCAAAGUUCCUGAGCAAAAAAAAAAAAAAAAAAGAAUUAAAAAAAAUUAAAAUUAGUAACACAGCUGAAACACCGCUGCAUAUAUUGAAAAGUAUAUUUUGCUCAUUUGGUGAAAAUCUGCAUCCACCAUUGAUGAUGUAAUGCACAGGUGUCAAGCUCAAGGCCGGGGGGCCAGAUCUGGCCCCCCACAUGAUUUUACGUGGCCCGUGAAGCCCAAUCUAGAGUGUCAAUUUCCAUGAUUCUCGUAAAAAAAUUCAAAUUGUCUUGUAUCAUAAAGUUGAAAUAUUACAAGCAUCUUUGCAUUACCAAACGUGAAUAGUUGGAAAAAAAAACAUUACCCUUGAUUUCUGAUUCCAAAACUAGAUCAUAAAUUGAUGAUGUAAUAUAUGAUGAGAUGAUUAAAGAUUUUUGUUGCACAGUCAUAACGGCCCCUCUGAGGGAAAACGGAACAACAAUGCGGCCCGCGAGAAAAAUGAGUUUGACACCCCUGAUUGUAAUGAACGAACGACUCACCACGGCAAGAAAUAUACAGCAAUAAUCUCUAAUUAUUGAUCAGUCGUGCCACCUGUGAACUGUUUAAAAUUGCAGGAAAAAUGCAAAAUAUACCUCCUUUAAAGCAAAACAGCCGGACACAACAAAUCAUAGCACAACGUGAGCCACCACAUCAAAGUACAAUAUUUAAGGCGGGUAUUUGGCGACUCGCAACAAUGUGUGUACGUCACGUUAUAUCGAUAUCAUCUCAUAGAUGUAAAAUGUACCGCAGCAGCUACUUUGUAAUGUUUGUCCAUUGUGUGUGUCACAUUUGAGAGGACCGUCGAGGCACACGAGGCGCAGAUGACGUAGCAGUUCGUCCGCAUAAUUGUUCGCCAGAUUCUCAAUAAGUGCCUACAUUUGCUUCAACGAGUUCCCGAUCAAAACGUCCCAGCGCCGAUUGUACUUCAAGGACAAAAAACAUGCACUGCAUGUGCACUCCUGUUGUUUAAAAACACUAAAUAUAGC